AAGAACGAAGUACUAACAUAAUUGAAUGAUUGAACGUUGAAUUAUUAAAUUCUGGAAAUCGAUGCAAAAAAAUAAUAAUUGACCUUACAAAUGUUUUCCAGUACUACACCGCUCAUUAAAUGUGUGCCCACACUUACUAAACAAGUGUACCGCAGAACUGUUCACUCGACAAAAUUAACAAUGGCUCCUAUUAAAGUUGGCGACAAACUACCUGCAGUUGAUCUAUUUGAGGACUCUCCAGCAAAUAAAGUAAAUGUUUGUGAAUUAACGUCUGGGAAAAAGGUGGUACUUUUCGCCGUACCUGGAGCAUUUACACCCGGUUGCUCCAAAACACAUUUGCCGGGAUAUGUGCAAAACGCCGAUAAGAUGAAGGCUGAAGGUGUAGCGGAAAUAGUGUGUGUUUCUGUUAAUGAUCCCUAUGUGAUGGGUGCUUGGGGAAAUCAGCAUAACACAAAAGGAAAGGUUCGUAUGCUAGCUGAUCCAUCAGGUAGCUUCAUCAAAGCUCUUGAUCUUGGUACAAACCUCCCACCACUUGGUGGUUUCCGUUCUAAAAGGUUCUCCAUGGUCAUCAAUGACAGCACAGUUGAAGAGCUAAAUGUGGAGCCUGAUGGUACAGGUCUGUCAUGCUCCCUAGCUGACAAGCUGAAACUGAAGAAGUAAUUUAAGCAAUCUCUAUUAAUCUCAAAAAUACAUCCCAGCUUUUAGCUGUUCUAGACUUGAAGCAACCCUUGUGAUAUGUAUAUUUUAAUGUAAUAAAUAUGUAUAAAUAUUA